UCAUUCUCUCGUAGCAGAAAGAUGGACAACCUUUCUGUUCCUUGUUGGAAAUUGAAGGCCAUUUCAUGCAUUCACAAACUCCCUUGCCUCCGCCAAUUUUCUUGUAGAGUUCCAAUUCGUUCACCUUUUCGUUUCCUACACUUCCUUUACAAUCCUUUCAUUAUCGAACUUAUUUACUUUUUAGUGGUCUCUCUCCUGGGUUAUUUGGCUUUGAGGGUCACAAAACCAGGAACUAGAACUUCCUUUAAGCCCAAGGACUUUGAUUUGUUCUUCACAUCUGUCUCUUCCACUACAGUAUCAAGCAUGUCAACUGUAGAAAUGGAGGUUUUUUCAAACACCCAACUCAUCAUUAUGACCAUUUUGAUGCUGGUGGGUGGAGAGGUUUUCACUUCCAUGCUUGGACUUCAAAUUGCAAGGUCCAAGAUUCCCAAAUGUCAUGAUAACAAAGUUGAUGUAGAACUCAACUCUUCUAACGAGACCUCCAUCGAUAGAAUUGAGUUAGGGUUGGUCACCCUUUCACAAUUAGAGAGUGAGAAGAAAACUUACAUUCAUAAUGGUGUAAAAACCUUUGACAAGGAUAGUACUACUAUCAAGAACAAGUCUAUUAGGUGUCUGGCCUAUGUAGUUUUAGUUUAUCUUCUAGUGGUUCAUAUAGGUGGUUCCAGUUUAAUUUCAUUGUACAUAAUCCUUGUUCCAAGUGCAAGACAAGUACUAAAAAACAAAGGCAUUGAAAUCCAAACCUUUGCUGUUUUCACCACAGUUUCCACCUUCUCAAACUGUGGUUUCGUCCCCACAAACGAGAACAUGAUCGUUUUCAAGAACAAUUCUGGGCUUCUACUUCUUCUAAUUCCUCUAAUCCUCCUCGGAAACACCUUAUAUCCGGUGAUCCUUCAAUUUCAGAUAUGGGUUUUGGAGAAAAUAACCAAGAGGGUGGAGUUCAGUUACAUGUUGAAGAAUUAUAAUGAAUUGGGUUACAGUCAUAUGCUAUCUGGUCUUCAUUCUGUUCUUCUACUUGUCACUGUCUUGGGGUUCAUAGCAGUUCAGCUGAUACUAUUUUGUGCCAUGGAGUGGAAAUCCGAAGCCAUGUAUGGUCUUAGUGGCUAUCAGAAAUUUGUGGCGUCAUUGUUUCAAACUGUAAAUUCCAGGCAUACUGGUGAGUCGGUUGUUGAUCUCUCUAUCAUCUCUCCAGCAAUCUUGGUGCUGUUUGUCUCGAUGAUGUAUCUUCCACCGUAUACUACAUUUGGUCCAGCAAUUAAUGGUGGUUGUCAACAAGGUGAUACUUCAGAAAAAGAAGAUAUUCGAAAUCCGAGAAAGACUUUGGUGGAGUCUUCGAUAUUCUCACAAGUCUCUUAUUUAACCAUAUUUGUCAUACUCAUUUGCAUCACAGAGAGACAAAAGAUGAAGGAAGACCCCCUCAACUUCAAUGUGUUGAAUGUUGUAGUAGAAGUGAUAAGUGCAUAUGGAAAUGUUGGGUUUUCGACUGGCUACAGUUGUAAACGUCGACUGAAUUCUGAGGGUGAUUGUAAAGACGCAUGCUACGGAUUGGUUGGAAGGUUUAGUACAGAAGGAAAGUUCAUCCUCAUUCUUGUCAUGUUCUUUGGGAGGCUAAAGAAAUUCAGUAUGAAGUAGGGUAAAGCGUAGAAGCUAUCUGAGCAUCCAAAGUAUCUUGUCUGUAACUAGCGAUGUUAGUUGUAUGUAAUGUACAAGAGCUCCAGUCACCUGUCAUUAGCCCUAUCGAUUAUUAUGUAGAGGCAUGUAUGUAAGCUUGUUCUAAUCGAUAAUAUGAUACUUAUUAAGAGCGGUGAUUUUGAAA